AUGGCCGAGCCCGCUCUCGCCGUGCGGAGGAGGAGCCGCAUCAGCUCCGCUCGCAAACGGAGCCACCCCCCUGCACGGCCCGGGGCCGCCUCCUCGCCGCUGGCUCGCAAGAGACACAGUGCUGGGGUUGAGGGGUCCCCGGCCGAGCCCCCGUGUAACAACGAUAGUGAAGAGGAUAUGUUUGGCGACUACGACAGCUUCCAUGAAAGUGAUUCUUUAUUGGCUCAAGUUCUUGAUGCAGAGCACCAGCACCCCCAGGAAAAAGGUGUGGACAUGAAAGCAGCCAGGGAGUUUGCACAUGGGAAUCUUCAGUCAGAAAUGAACCAAAGCAAGCAAUGUAAUUUGCAUGCUACAGAAGAUAGUAGUAUGCAUCAAGUGGAUGAACGUUACGGCUUCCAAAUGAAUGAAAAUGAUGCUGGAGACACCAAUGAAGACCUCAGUGAUUCUGUUUUUGAUGAAUUGCCUUCAUCACAACUUUUGUAUUUGGAGAAAAUGGGUGAGCUUUCUUCUCGUUCCCAAAAAUCUGCAGGCACAGAGAAGAUGGAUGAGUGGAAGAAUUCCUCCUUGGACAAAAUCCGGAGUCCAUCAUCUCCAUGUCCUGACUUUGGACACAAGAACAGAAGCACAAAAUCUUCCACAGGCUCUAGGUCUGAUUCAUGUAAAAGCGUGAGUCUUAAAGAUCAUCUGAAAAAUGCUAUGACUGGAAAUGCCAAAGCCCAGACUCCAGUGGUCUCAAAGACCAAGCAGCUUAAAGAAGCUAUUUUAUCUGAAGAGAUUUCUGUUGCUAGGGAAACUAUUGAAUCAUCGUCUUUUGAUAUAGGCCCGUUUUAUGGAUUACCCAGUAAAGUUAAACAUCUCCUCAGGCAAUUUCGGGGCAUUGAAACACUUUAUGAAUGGCAGCAUGAUUGCUUAACAUUAAAAUCUCUACAGCGGAGGAAGAAUUUGAUUUACUCGUUACCAACUAGUGGUGGAAAAACACUUGUUGCUGAAAUUUUAAUUCUCCAAGAAUUACUCUGCAGGCAGAAGGAUGUUCUGAUGAUCCUGCCCUAUGUUGCCAUUGUCCAAGAAAAGGUUUGGGGUUUAUCAAGCUUUGGGAUAGAAUUAGGUUUCCUGGUUGAAGAAUAUGCAGGAAGUAAGGGAAGAUUUCCACCCAUCAAGAGAAGAAUAAAAAAGUCACUUUAUAUUGCCACCAUAGAAAAAGGACAUGCUCUUGUGAAUUCUUUAAUUGAAACAGAUAGAAUCAAUGACCUCGGUUUAGUUGUAGUAGAUGAGUUGCACAUGAUUGGUGAGGGAAGUCGUGGAGCAACACUAGAAAUGACUCUUGCAAAAAUACUUCAUGCUAGUACAAAUACACACAUUGUUGGAAUGAGUGCAACUUUAAAUAAUGUUGGAGACCUGCAGAAGUUCCUGCAAGCAGAGUACUAUACUAAAAAUUUCAGACCGGUAGAGUUAAAGGAAUACAUAAAGAUAAGAGAUACAAUUUAUGAAGUUGACAGCAAAGCAGAAAAUGGCUUUACUUUUUCACGUCUCCUUAAUUUCAAGUAUUCUAGUAGCCUGGAGAAAGCAGAUCCCGACCACAUCGUUGCACUGGUUACUGAAGUUAUUCCAAAAUAUUCCUGCCUAAUCUUUUGUCCCACUAAAAAGAACUGUGAAAAUGUGGCUACAAUGGUUUGCAAGUAUCUGAACAAAGAAUUUAGAGCACACAGGGAGAAAGAGAAACAGGACCUAAUUAAGAACCUAAAGGAUAUUGGAAAUGGAAGCAUCUGUCCUGUUCUGAGGCAAACAAUUCCUUUUGGUGUUGCCUAUCACCAUAGUGGCCUUACAAAUGAUGAAAGAAAGAGUAUAGAAGAAGCAUAUUCUAAGGGUGUCCUGUGUCUUCUUGCUUGCACAGCUACAUUAGCUGCUGGCGUUAACCUGCCAGCCAGAAGGGUGAUUUUAAGAGCCCCUUAUGUUGCUAGCGAGUUCCUGAAGAAGAAUCAAUAUAAACAAAUGAUUGGCAGAGCUGGUCGAGCUGGUAUUGACAGUGCUGGUGAAAGUAUUCUCAUAGUGCAGGAAAAAGACAAACAUUUGGUUCGGGAUUUAAUAGCCAGUCCAUUGGAGAAUUGUUACAGCAAUCUUCUGCCAGAGUUCACCAAGGGAAUGCAGUACCUGUUGCUAUCAUUGGUUGGAUUGAAGAUUGCAGUUACCCAAGAGGAAGUGUACAGUUUUAUGUGCCAUACAUUGCUGGGUGUCCAGCAGCAGGUGCUGUUGAAAGAGAAGAGCCUCUCAGAGAUUGUUAGAGAUGAACUAGAAAAUCUAAUAGAAAAGGGACUCUUAAAAGGAAAAAUAAUGGAAAAGGAUCAAAAUUCCAAAAGUACACUAACAAUCACACUGUUGGGUAAAGCUACAUAUAAAGGCUCUAUAGAUGUGUCGUACUGCAAUCUUCUUUACAAAGAACUGAGGAAAGGCUUGGAAGGGCUGGUUCUUGAGAGCAGUCUUCAUCUUCUCUAUUUAGCUACUCCAUAUGACAUGGUUUCCAACUGCAGCCCAGAUUGGAUGAUAUACUUGAGGCAGUUCAACCAGCUGAGUUCAGCAGAGCAAAAAGUAGCAGAUAUGGUAGGAGUACCUGAGAGCUUUAUUGCAAAAAAGGCUUCUGGUCAAGCCAUCAGAAAGAAUGUGGACACUGCUGUUGUGAACAGGCUGUACCUGUCAUUUGUCCUGUAUGCCCUACUGAAAGAGACCAACAUAUGGAGCGUCUCAGAGAAAUUCAACAUGUCUCGAGGUUACGUGCAGAAUCUCCUUACAUCUGCUGCCUCAUUUGCUUCUUGUGUUCUGCAUUUCUGUGAGGAACUGGAGGAAUUUUGGGUUUACAAAGCCCUGCUGACAGAACUUACCAAGCGCUUGACGUACUGUGUUAAGACAGAGCUCAUUCCACUGAUGGAGGUAGCAGGGGUUCUAGAGGCACGAGCUAAACAGCUUUAUAAUGCAGGGUACAAAACUUUAGCACACUUAGCUAAUGCAAACCCAGAAACUCUGGUGAAGACGAUCGAGCAUUUGUCACGACGUCAAGCCAAACAAAUGGUUUCGUCUGCAAAGAUGCUGCUGACUGAAAAAGCUGAAGCUUUACAAGAAGAAGUAGAGGAACUCCUAAAGGUGCCUACGGACAUCCCAUAAGCCUACUGACCAGCUCAGUCAUGAAAAAAAUAAUAAUGAAUUGAAGUAUUUGGGCAUGUCUUAGGUUUUAACUUUGUCCUAUGUAUACAUGCUGUAAAUAUAAUAAAUAUUUAUUAUCUUUUGUAUACAUCA